CAGAGCUCGUUAGUGCUCAUCACUAUUUUAGUAAAUAAUUAGAUAUUUUCUAUUUUCUGAUGAUAUUAGGUAUAAAAUCAUUUAAGUAGUUAAUAUUAUAAAAAAAAUGUUACGAAAUUCGCUAAAGUUUGUUCUGAAAGGAAAUGUAACUGGACAACCUAGUAUACUGUUUCUACGCAGAUUUACGCAUAUGAAGCAAUUUGGUGGCUUUCAGUCACAAAAGUUUAAAAAUACUGGUAAAGUUGUACCUAUGCUCAAUAGUUGCCUUUCCCGCACUAUGUUCAUACAAACACAAGAUACUCCUAAUCCAAAUAGUUUAAAAUUCUUGCCGGGUACUAAGGUUUUAGAACCUGGGCAGACUAUGGAUUUUCCUAAUAUUGGGUCAGCGCAGUGUAGUCCACUGGCGAAAAUGCUGUUCCGUAUUGAAGGUGUGAAGGCUGUUUUCUUUGGCCCUGAGUUUGUUACAAUCACAAAGCAAGAUGAUGAUGUUGACUGGAAAUUAUUAAAACCUGAUAUAUAUGCUACCAUCAUGGACUUCUUUGCCAGUGGAUUACCUGUAGUCACUGAUGCUAAACCUUCUGGAGACACACAGAUAAAUGAGGAUGACGAUGAAAUUGUCCAAAUGAUAAAGGAACUACUGGACUCCCGAAUUAGGCCAACAGUGCAAGAAGAUGGUGGUGAUGUACUCUUUGUAGACUUUAAGGAUGGUGUGCUAAGACUCAAAAUGCAAGGAUCCUGUUCCUCUUGUCCGAGUUCAAUAGUGACAUUAAAAAAUGGAGUACAAAACAUGAUGCAGUUCUACAUACCUGAGGUACUAGCUGUAGAACAAAUUGAUGAUGAAGGUGAAAAAUUAAGCGAUAAAGUUUUUAAGGAAUUCGAACAAUUAAAAAAUAAAGAAAAAUAAGUCGUUUAGUUAAUUGGUUUCAAUAUGUAAAUUUUGUAAGUAUCCAUUAUGUAAAUAAUAUAUUUUAUUACAUUGUAUGUAAUUAUAUAAUAUUGUUUUAAAAUUUUUUAACAACAACAACAUAACUUGAAUGACAAUGAUUAUAACUUGUAGCUUUUUAUAGGAAGUCUAUUAUUUAUGAAUAGUAGAAAAAAUAUUUUUUUGUUAUUAAUGUUGAUUUUUAGUGGUGACAAUUACGUAGUUAGAGUAUGUAGUUUCGCCAAUUGUUGACCAGCGAAUGUUGGAUAUACUGAACUGAAUUUAGAUAAACAUAAGAAAAUGCUA